AUGUCUACCGAAAUGGACAUAGAUCCUACCCCUCCAUCCUCCAAUCUCAAAAAUGGCGAUACCAAAGCAAGUUCUGCAGGUGAAGCGCGCACCUCAACCAAUGCUGUAGCUGUCCGCAGUAUUGAAGGCUGGAUUAUUAUCGCCACAAACAUACAUGAAGAAGCUUCCGAGGAGGACUUGACAGAUCUAUUCGCCGAGUAUGGAGAAAUCAAGAACAUCCACCUGAACCUAGAUCGCAGAACAGGCUACGUCAAGGGAUAUGCUCUGAUUGAAUAUCCAACACAACCAGAAGCGAAAGCUGCCAUCAAGGCCCUGAACAAUACUAAACUUCUCGACCAAACGAUUUCGGUCGACUUCGCAUUUGUUCGGCCGCCACCGAAAGAGAAGCCAAAGGGUGGACGUGGCGGACGUGGAGGACGAGGUGGCAGAAGUAGGAGUCGGAGCAGAAGUCGAACUCGCUCGUUGAGUAGAGACAAGGAAACAAGCAAGAGUCCGAAGGAUGACAUCGAAUGA